AUGUUGGAAGCGCGGCUAGAACAAGCCAGCUUGUUGAAGAAGGACCUGGUCCAGGACUGUAACUUCGACUGUAAUGACUCUGGAAUCGCCCUGCAAGCCAUGGACAACUCACACGUGGCCCUGGUCUCUAUGAUACUGAAAGCAGAGGGUUUUUCCCCCUAUCGCUGCGACCGCAACGUCGCGCUGGGAAUUAACCUGGUCUCUCUUACGAAAGUACUGCGGGCUGCACAAAACGAAGACAUUCUGACUUUAAAGGCGGAAGAUUCCCCCGACGUUAUUAACCUGGUCUUUGAGAGCGCGGAAACGGACCGGCUGAGCGAGUAUGAUAUCAAGCUUAUGGACAUUGACCAGGAGCACCUUGCUAUUCCGGAAACGGAGUAUGCGGCUACCGUUGAGAUGCCAUCAACGGAGUUCAGGAGGAUCUGUACGGAUUUGGGAAAUUUGUCGGAGUCGGUAAUGAUCGAAGCCAACAAAGAUGGCGUCAAAUUCUCCUGCCAGGGUGAGAUUGGUAACGGUGCCAUCACUCUCCGCCAACACACAAAUGUGGACAAGCCAGACCAAAACGUCUCUAUCGACCUCUCCGAGCCCGUCGCUCUCACCUUCUCCCUUAAAUACCUUAACAAUUUCUGCAAGGCCACAGGCCUGUCGACGUCUGUUCGUCUGUGCCUCUCACAGGAGGUGCCGCUGCUAGUUGAAUACGGAUUGGGCAGUGGUCAUCUGAGAUUCUUCCUUGCACCAAAGAUCGGAGACGAAGAGUGA